AUGUCGUUUUUGAAGAUUUCAAAACUUCUUCAAUUUCCGAAAGGAACGUCUUGUCGCCUAAUGCGGUUCCUGGUCCAUAUUCUUCACUGUCCCGCAAUCAGUCCCUUCCACACAGCAACAAGACUUUCCAUGGUUCAGACGGGUGAAAUGCAAACUCGGCUCGAUGAGUGUCGUGCGAAAGUUGCUUUUCAGGGAGAAAAGGUCCGGACUUUGAAGAAAUCUGGUGUUCCUCAAAGUGAAGUCACUUCUGAAGUUGAAGCGCUCCUUUUACUUAAGCACGAGCUCGCUGAUGUGGAGCGUCAAGUAGAAGAGCUAAAGCCGUUGUACUGUCGGUGCCGCACCCAAUUGGAGAAUCUCGCCAAACGAAGGUCCUUUUUCUUUCCAGCAUUCGAGAUUUAUGGAGGCACAGCUGGGUUGUUUGAUUGGGGGCCUCCAGGUUGUGCGAUAAAGGCAGAAGUCGAAUCUCUUUGGCGUCGUCAUUUCGUUCUCUAUGAAGACAUGUUGGAGGUGUCAGGAACGUGUUUAACUCCACAUAAUGUCUUGAAGACAUCUGGUCAUGUUGAUCGAUUCUGUGAUUUGAUGACAUCAGACACAAAAACGGGUGACUGUUAUCGUGCAGAUAAACUCCUGGAGGACUUUAUCGAUGCAAAGCUCGCGGACUCGAAGGGGAUUUCAAAGGAAACUCAGAAACUAGAGCUCAUCCGUCGUCAAGCAGAUUCCUUUUCGACGUCAGAAAUGUAUGAACUCUUUCAAAAACUCGGAGUGCAGUCUCCGCUCGGGAAUGCUCUCUCCGAACCCUUUCCCUUUAAUUUGAUGUUCAAGACAAGGAUUGGACCUAAAGAAGACCUCACCAGCGAGACCACCACAGCGUAUCUUCGUCCUGAAACAGCGCAGGGAAUUUUUGUUAACUUUCGACGGCUUCUUGAAUACAAUGCGGGGAGAAUGCCCUUCGCUGCAGCGCAAUUGGGUUUGGGAUUCCGCAACGAAAUUGCUCCUAGGAAUGGUCUCCUACGUGUUCGGGAAUUUCAGAUGGCAGAAAUAGAACAUUUUGUUGAUCCCAAAGACAAAUCGCACAGCAAAUUCUCUGAUGUGGCGGAAUUGAAACUUCCCCUCUUUCCCAAAAAGAAUCAGUUAUCAGAUGGCAAGAUUAUUCGCAACAUUACAAUCAGAGAGGCUGUUGAGAGCCAGAUGAUUAACAAUGAAACUUUGGGAUACUUCAUGGCACGAACCUUCCUCUUUCUCACCAACUGUGGAAUUCAAGAAUGCGGACUGCGCUUCCGCCAACAUUUGGACACAGAAAUGGCUCACUAUGCAUCCGACUGCUGGGAUGCUGAAAUUGAAACAUCAUACGGCUGGGUUGAGUGCGUUGGCCACGCAGAUCGUGCUGCUUAUGAUCUAACUCAUCAUACGAAGGCAACGAAAACUCCUUUGGUUGCUUCAAAGCGUUACGAGGAACCCCGCCUUUUGAAGUCCGUUGAGAUGGUGGCCAAUCGGGCUCUUUUGGGGCCUGCAUUCAAAAAGGAUCAAACUCUCGUUUUAGAAUCUCUGGAAGAAAAAUCAGACGAAGAGAAAUUGCUGAUUGAAAAUGAUUUGACAACAAGCGGUUCGUACGUUCUUCAAGUUUGUAAUGGAGACAAAUUCACAAUCACUCGUCCGAUGGUGAAAUUCGAAACUGUUGAAAAGAAGGUUUCAGAGGAAACGUUUGUCCCUGGAGUGAUUGAACCCUCAUUCGGAAUUGGCAGAAUAAUUUACUGCAUUCUGGAACACACUUUUCGCUCACGUGGAAUCGAAGAUCAAGAAGAACGCUGUUUCUUGUCUCUUCCGAUCGUUAUUGCUCCUAUAAAAUGUUCUGUUCUAUCGAUUUCGACUGAUGCACGAUUCAAUCCAAUCAUGCAAACCAUAAAAGGAGACAUGGUGAAACUUGGAGUUUCGUCUAAACUCGAUUCCUCCGGUGCCAGCAUUGGAAAGCGCUAUGCACGGACUGAUGAGAUCGGAAUUCCUUUCGGAAUUACCGUCGAUUUUCAAAGUCUGAAAGAUGGAACUGUGACGCUUCGUGAGCGCGACUCCAUGCAACAAUUGAGAGUGGCGGUGCGUGUCGUGGGUUGGGUCAUCAUUCAGUGA